AUGGAGUGUAAGUCCGCGACGCUUUUGUCGCUUCUUCUCCUUUCGUGUUCCGCUUCUCAACUGAAUGCCACUCUUACACAAGAGACCGACCUAACAGGUAAUACUCGAGUUCAAGACAACGUAGAAGGAAGUACAGAAGCUUCUGUCACCUUCGUGGAUACUGAUAAGGCGUCUCCCAGCUUAGUGGAUACUGCUGAGACUACAGGCAGUGGAAAAGGUACUACAGAAACUACUAAAAACUCUGAAUCUCAACGAGAAGCUACUGAAAAGGUACAAAACUUAGCUACACAGGCUACAGAAGGUCCAGAAUCCUCGACUACAAAAGGUAUAAAAGCUUCUACAGAUGCCCCACUAGAUUUAGAAAGCAAAGCAGAUUCUAAAUCAAAUGUGACUUCUGGAGCUUCUACAAACUUGGACCAAGAUUCAGCUUCUUCUGCUAUCAAUGUGAUAAACGAAACAGACGACGGUGAUCUGACUAUAUCACUUGGCCAAGUCACUGAUUCACCUAAUGAUAUUACAACAUCUACCGAGGCUACAACAUCAGCUUCUGAAGCUACAAAGGUUACUGAAGCUACAAAAACAGAAUAUGAACAGCCUCAAUUGAUCAAACUGAAUGUUUCUGUAGAGACGCCGAAGGAAGAAACAGAAGAACUGACAGAACACUUCAAUGUAGACACCAACACCGUGCAAGAAGUCAGCUUCCUUCUGGACAAACUGAAGCGUCUUGCUCACCACGACUACUUCGCUCCGCGGGGAGGACACGAUGUAAGUUAUACUUGAAUUAAGCUAGUCCAAUAUCUUUCAGAAAGGCUACAAGUUACUAUAAACUUUGAUGUUUAAUGAUGACGAUAUUAAUGUAAAAAGUAAUAAUAUGAUUGUAAACAGUAUAAAUUAGACUACAAUAUCAAUUUAGUUCGAAGUCGACGCCCAGAAAGACACGAACGCAGCCCCAUUGGCACCAUACCUAUUCGAAGGUGACAUCUUCUUGAGUCAUCAACAAGCACACUCUAUUCUGGCACGGUUCGAGAGAGAACGGUCAACCCGAUCGUUGAGUAGUGAAGACGGAGCUCUUUGGAUCAAGUUCCCCAUCCGAUACCGCUUCCACGACUCCAUAGGUAAGUAGCCCAUCGUACUUAAUGGAUCAGACCUCGUUACCGUACAGAAAAUCAUCGCGGCCGUCGAGUAUUGGGAAGCAAACAGCUGUAUCACGUUCGAACACGAUGACGACGUGCAAGAUGGAGAUUACAUUGAGUUCUUUAAAGGACAGGGGUAAGGUUACUACUUUAUGUUUGUAGAGAAGAAUAAUAUCGAUACGGUAUUAGCCUUUUAGACAAUACUUUACUUUUCGGUACAAAGUUGUACCUAUUCAGCUAGUAAGAGUAGUACAUUCUUAGCAGACGUGCAAUAUACUGUAAAAACUUACUAUAACAUAGGUUUCAGUUGUUAUUCGAUGAUAGGAAAGUAUGGAGGACGUCAAGGAGUGUCAAUUGGAGCUGGUUGUGAAAGGGUAAGUGAACUACAGUAACCAUCAAUGCUACUAUUAUGUAAAAUACAAGAACCUAUCAGCCCUCUACCUAAAUUUAGUUACCUUCAUUACCUAAAAGUUAUCCUACUUUCAGCCAGGAGUAAUUCAGCACGAAAUUGGCCAUGCUCUAGGCUUGUGGCACGAGCAGUCUCGUCCAGAUGCUGAUGAGUACAUCGAGUUCGAGAAGGACUUCGUCUUACCCACAUACAUGAGCGACUUCCAACAACGCGGUAACGAUGAGAUAACUACACUCGGAAUACCGUAUGACUACGGCUCUGUCAUGCAUUACGGUCCUACUGCCUUUUCCAUCGACGGAAAGAGCUAUACGUUGGUGACAAAAGAGAAACUGUACCAACAUACGAUAGGACAGAGGGAGAAGCUGGCCUUUUAUGACAUUGCCAUCAUAAACAGGGCAUACUGUAAUGGUAAGGCAAAGCUCUGUUCAUUUAUAUUAUAGUAAUCUAUUAACUAUUGUUUGAGUUAAGUAGAUUACUUUGAGUAGACCACAGUCAUUACUGUAAAUACUGCUCUUCAUUACUGUAACAAUCAUUCAGAUCGCUGUGAGAGUCGAAAGAAGCACAGAUGUGCCAACGGAGGAUACCCUCAUCCUCAACAGUGUGACAAAUGCAUAUGUCCCGAGGGAUACGGUGGAAAGUACUGUAAAACCAACGAGAAUGCCAUCAGUAGGUAGACGGAUUAACUAUCAUAUUACCCACCUUUCUGCCACUCAUGUCUCUGAUUUCAGACAGUGAAUGUGGAGGUAUGAUAACACUGAAUGAUGAAGAAGUUACAGUAGAAUCCCCUGGCUACAAAGACCAAGAAGACUACGGUCAGAACCAAAAGUGUAGCUGGGUUAUCACAACUUCACCUGAUAAACUGAUACAAGCUGAGUUCGUGGAAGACUUCGGUCUGUUCUGCAGUACAGUAUGCCUAGACUACGUGGAAAUAAAGUUUUCGUCAGAUCAGAAGCGGACUGGAGCCAGGUUCUGCUGCUACAACAAGCCUGAGCAAGUGUUUACUUCAGAAGACAACAAGAUGGUGGUCGUGUUCCGAUCUCAAGUCUCUCAAGAUGUCGGGUUUAAACUGAGUUUGAAGGCGGGUAAGUUGGUUUAGCUAAUAUACUGUAACAUAUCAAAAGAAAAGUGUAUUAUAACAACUAAAAGAUAAGAAGGUACUGGAGAGUAUUGUAAUAAGAUCAUCUCCCUCUUAUCAACACUAUAGUAAACUCUACUCUAACUGAUUAACCAUUUUAGUGAACAAAGAAUCAGUGACGACAACGGAACAGUCGAUUACCAUGAGCACAGAAGCCACUACCGUGAGCGGAGUCGACAUCUGGAGCACAUGGGGGUCGUGGUCGAAGUGCUCCAAAAGUUGUGGAGGAUGCGGUAUUCAGUCGAGGAAACGGACCUGCCAAACCACCACUUGCACGUAAGUCAAGUUAUUGUGGUUAAAUAAGUGAUUACUAUGAUCAGUUAGAGCAAUAUGUACAGUAAAGCAUCAACCUAUAUCUAUUUAUGAUAUAAUGAGAUUGACUACCAUUUCAAAAUAACCUCACGAUAACCUUCUUCAGAGGCAGAAACCAAGAGUUCUCCACCUGUAAUAUGCAAGCGUGUCCUCAAGAUAAAGGAUGUGACAAAACAAUCAGUAUAUCACAGAAGUGUGACAUCACUGAUCCAGUAUGUAAUGCCCUCAGUAAACGAGCCAAUGAUUGUAACUCCAAUGCAUGUUGUCCACCCUUUCUGCCGGUCAAAGGAAUCUGCCAGAAUGUGGACACAGAACCCAUCCAAUUCGGAUAA